ACCAUCAGGAGGAAAGAAGCGACGGACACCCCGUUUUGAGGAGGUAGAAGAGGAGCCAGAAGUGAUCCCUGGGCCUCCUUCAGAGAGCACUGGCAUGCUGACUAAGCUCCAGAUCAAACAGAUGGUGGAGGCAGCAACAGGACAAAUCGAGGAGAGGAAAAAACAGCUGAGCUUCAUCAGCCCCCCUACACCUCAGCCAAAGACUCCUUCUUCCUCCCAACCAGAGCGACUUCCAAUUGGCAACACUAUUCAGCCCUCCCAGGCCGCCACUUUCAUGAAUGAUGCCAUUGAGAAGGCAAGGAAAGCAGCCGAACUACAAGCCCGCAUCCAAGCCCAGCUGGCACUGAAGCCAGGGCUCGUUGGCAUUGGAAAUGCCAAUAUGGGGGGCCUGGCCAAUCUUCAUGCCAUGGGCAGUGCUCCCCCGAAGGUUGAAUUAAAAGAUCAAACGAAACCUGCACCACUGAUUCUCUAUGAGCAAGGUCGCACUGUAGAUGCAACAGGCAAGGACAUUGAGCUGACACACCGAAUGCCUACUCUGAAGGCCAAUAUUCGUGCGGUGAAGAGGGAACAAUUCAAGCAGCAGCUUAAAGAAAAGCCAUCAGAAGACAUGGAAUCCAACACCUUUUUUGACCCCCGAGUUUCAAUUGCCCCUUCCCAGCGGCAGAGACGCACUUUUAAAUUCCAUGCCAAGGGCAAAUUUGAGGAGAUUGCCCAGCGGUUGCGGACAAAGGCUCAACUGGAAAAGCUGCAGGCAGAGAUCUCACAAGCAGCUCGAAAAACAGGCAUCCAUACUUCACCAAGGCUGGCUCUCCUUGCUCCUCAGAAGGAGUUAAAGGAAGGGGAUAUUCCUGAAAUUGAGUGGUGGGAUUCUUCUAUCAUCCCCAAUGGCUUUGACCUUACAGAGCAAACUCCCAAGAGAGAAGAUUAUUUUGGAAUCACAAAUCUUGUUGAACAUCCAGCCCAGCUCAACCCUCCAGUCGACAAGGACACACCAGUUACUCUGGGAGUGUAUCUUACCAAGAAGGAACGGAAGGAACUUCACAGGCAAACAAGGAGGGAAGCGCAGAAGGAGCUCCAAGAGAAAGUCAGGCUGGGCCUGAGGCCUCCUCCGGAACCCAGAGUGAGAAUUUCCAAUUUGAUGCGAGUAUUAGGCACAGAAGCCGUUCAAGACCCCACGAAGGUAGAAGCCCGUGUCAGAGCUCAGAUGGCAACAAGACAGAAAGCGCAUGAAGAGGCCAACGCUGCCCGGAAACUUAGAGCAGAACAGAGAAAGGUCAAGAAAAGUAAAAAGCUUAAAGACGACCUUUCACAGGGGGUACGCAUAUCUGUGUAUAGAGUUCGAAAUUUGAGCAACCCAGCCAAGAAGUUCAAGGUUGAGGCCAAUGCUGGGCAGCUGUGCCUGACAGGGGUGGUGGUACUGCACAAGGAUAUCAACGUGGUGGUAGUGGAAGGGGGCCCCAAGUCCCAGAAGAAAUGUAAGCGUCUUAUGCUGCAUCGGAUGAAGUGGGAUGAACAGACAUCCAACACAAAGGGGGAUGAGGAGGAGGAGGAGUGCGAUGAGGAAGCUGUGAAGAAAACCAACAAAUGUGUACUAGUCUGGGAGGGUACAGCCAAAGACCGGAGCUUUGGGGCUCUGAAGUUCAAACAGUGCCCUCCAGGGAACAUGGCUCGGGAGCAUUUCAAAAAGCGUGGGGCUGAACACUACUGGGACCUUGCGCUAAGUGAAUAUGUGUUGGAGUCUACUGACUGAGACUCCUGCAAGCC